AUGACCAACGCAAAUUGCACCUGUAUCCACCUGCACCAGAAGCUCUCCACCUGUGCCCACCUGCACCAGAAGCUCCCUCCACCUGUGCCCACCUGUGUCCACCAGCACCAGAAGCUCUUCACCUGUGCCCACCUGCACCAGAAGCUCUCCACCUGUAAGCUCUCCACCUGUGCCCACCUGCACCAGAAGCUCUCCACCUGUGCCCACCUGCACCAGAAGCUCUCCACCUGUGCCCACCUGCACCAGAAGCUCUCCACCUGUGCCCACCUGCACCAGAAGCUCUCCACCUGUGCCCACCUGCACCAGAAGCUCUCCACCUGUGCCCACCUGCACCAGAAGCUCUCCACCUGUGCCCACCUGCACCAGAAGCUCUCCACCUGUGCCCACCUGCACCAGAAGCUCUCCACCUGUGCCCACCUGCACCAGAAGCUCCCUCCACCUGUGCCCACCUGCACCAGAAGCUCUCCACCUGUGCCCAUCUGCACCAGAAGCUCCCUCCACCUGUGCCCACCUGCACCAGAAGCUCUCCACCUGUGCCCAUCUGCACCAGAAGCUCCCUCCACCUGUGCCCACCUGCACCAGAAGCUCUCCACCUGUGCCCAUCUGCACCAGAAGCUCCCUCCACCUGUGCCCACCUGCACCAGAAGCUCUCCACCUGUGCCCACCUGCACCAGAAGCUCCCUCCACCUGUGCCCACCUGCACCAGAAGCUCGCUGCACUCCAGCUCAUCAUUCACUUACUCUCCUCUUUCUCCUUCAGUAUAUGAGGACCAAGUCCUGA